AUGUCUUUCACAAUGUUUUAUACGAAGAAUGGCGAGCAAAGACCAAUCAAAAUGUCAAUCUUCGACGCCUUUCGAGGUGUCCCGGACAUCAAGCCACGAAAGGCCAAGACUUGCUCAUGCUGCAACAAAGUCCACACAGCAAAGAAUGGACCCAAGCACGGCAAACAAGCAAACUCUUGCAAGAAGCCAGCUGACUCGAACACCAAAGAAGACGACUUGCGCGAAGAUGAUCGAAUCAUGCUUCGUAUGAAGGCCGAGAACCCAACCAGACCAUGGUCGGAUAUCAUUGAAGCCACGUCUUUCAAGGACAAAGGCGAAGCAGUUGCGCGCUGGAAAGAAAUCGAACGCAAAAACCAGGAGGAUUCGAAUGAAGGUGUGGCAAAUAGACAGGAGCAGAAGAAGAAGAAAAAGACGAAGGACAGAGACCCAGACAGAGAGGCCCGGGACGCGAAGAAUCGUGAAGAAGGCCUGAGGAAGAAGGUAGAAGCGAAGAAGAAUGCCGAGGUUGGGGGAGAAGAUGGUAACUCGAAGACGGAGGACAAAAUGGUAACUGAUGGGUACGACAAGAAGAAGUGGCACAUGAUAGCUUCGAAACACUAUGACAAGACUGGACAACGCAUCACGGCUACUCAGGCCAAAGCUAUGGCCGAA